AUGGGGCACCCCAACUCUUACGUUGGACCAAACCUCUUUGGAAAUCCUGCUCAAGCCCCUACUUGCUCGCGUGGUAUCAGCGCCUCCCCUCAUGAUUACCAAUCCUUUCAGAAUUCAUCUGGCUUCCCAGUCGCUGCGCGUGGUAAUCCGGUCCAGCUUUCACACUCUCCUGCCUCUCACUCGAACUACUCUGGCCACAUUGGCCCGCAGGGGCACCAUUCCCAAGUUCUGUUCCUGCAAUCCCCUCUCGAGCGCGCUGCACCCCCUACUCAAUUGUUGCAGUCCACACCGCAAGGUUCUCCGUUCAAAUACACUUUUUCAUCUCCGCUUCCUGGAAGAAAUCCAUCUUUCCAGUUCUCCGCCCCUUCUGUCUCGAAACCGCCUCCGAAAAAGCGUGCCCCACGUCGCAAAGCGCCUUCUCGUCCUUGCGCCAAGGAUGUGGUCCCACCUGAGCCAACCCCAGCAGCUCCUGCCGAAAUUAAUUCAGCAGAAACCCAGAUGCGCAUUCCGUUGUCCGAUGCUCCUCGAUCCCAGGAACCCGGCCCUGCAAAUGACCCCAAUGUGGAAGACUCAAUUGACGACUCUCCACCAUCCAAAAGGCAACAUGCCCCCCCGAAGUUAUGGAGAAGAUUCAAACCAAACCCCUUGACCGACUCCGCGACCGCGCAACCAAAUACGCUAUUCCGUAUCCGAGGACCAACCAAUUUCAACAACUUCUGUGUUUACAACAAAGUUGCUAGCCCAAUUUACCACGAUAAAUUGCAGACCGUUUCCGACCGAAUGGUGCAGUGUGGAGAGCUGUGGCAGCAGUUGGAUGAAGAGACAAAAGAUCAGUGGCGGGAUCAAGAGUUCUUUGACACCAUAUCUCCACCUGAUAAUGUCGCGCCAGGCUCCAAGCAAUCCAAAGUUGCUGUCACUCAGUGGAAAAAACGUGAACGAUUCAAACUCAACAUGUGGGUCCGCAAAAUGAAGCGCAACCUCAAAAAUCUGAGCACUUCGCAUCAGGUUGAAGGUUUCUUUGUGUUGGCUUCGCGCAACCCUGACAACCCUGAACUUAUAACCGGGGGGAGCAUAUUGGCUGAGGAAUUCCUCGAUGUGCUGGAGAAAGGUGCUAAUACCUUCCAGUUGUUCUACAACUUCAUCAACGGCCAACAAGCGGUCAAAGAAAUCUCGGGUGACUACCCUCGCCCAAGCACAAAGCGCAAACGUUGCUCCGGUAAAGAUCCUGAGAAUGGUGAUUGUCUGUACAAUCUUGGUAAGUUAACUUUGAUUCGACUGAAACAGUUGAGAUAUACCGCUUAUUUUACAACUCUUUCAUUAGGUAGUAAGGUUGCCAAUGCAGCAGAAAUUUGA